UCUGCUGAGUGGAAGCGCUCAUCGUACGAUUCUGUUCCCUCGUGACGUCAUUUCCCCGGUACAAAGGAGGCGUCGCCGGUGGGUCCGGAACGCCGCUGUAAUGUUAAAUCCGCUGCUGUGGUCCAGUAGGACACCCCAGCCUGCUCACCGUGGCGUAUUCGGCUAGUUCAGCCGUUUUCUCCAGCGUACGCUUUUCAGUACAGAAGCUCUAGAAGAUCAGCUGCUGGGUGGAGGAUGAUAAAGAACGGUCAUCAUGAGGCGAUGGAACCGGGCGCGGAGGCGCAGGCGCCGGCUGAGAAGAAGUCGGUGUCGGUGUCCUGCAGUCCUGAGAAGAGGAGACGGACCGUGCGAGUGUGGUGUGAUGGCUGCUAUGACAUGGUCCAUUAUGGACAUUCCAACCAGCUACGACAAGCCAAGGCUAUGGGGGAUUAUCUUAUAGUUGGAGUGCAUACAGAUGAGGAGAUCUCGAAGCACAAAGGCCCCCCUGUCUUUACCCAGGCCGAGAGGUACAAGAUGGUGCGCGCUAUCAAAUGGGUGGAUGAGAUAGUAGAGGGUGCCCCCUACGUCACUACUCUGGAGACUCUGGACAAAUACAGCUGUGAUUUCUGUGUACAUGGAGAUGACAUCACGCUGACAGUGGAUGGAAAGGACACAUACGAAGAGGUGAAAAAGUCCGGCAGAUAUAGAGAGUGUAAAAGGACGCAGGGAGUCUCCACCACAGAUCUGGUAGGUCGGAUGCUGCUGAUGACCAAAGCUCACCACAGCAAUAUGGGCAGUUCAGAUUAUCAACAACAUACAGACAACUUUGGAAGGGGUCCAAAAGGCCACAGUCCAUGGACAGGAGUGUCCCAGUUUCUCCAGACAUCCCAAAAAAUCAUCCAGUUUGCCUCUGGGAAGGAGCCGCAGCCAGAGGACACAAUUAUUUACGUAGCUGGAGCCUUUGAUCUCUUUCAUAUUGGCCAUGUGGAUUUUCUGGAGGCAGUGUACAAGCUUUCAGAUAAGCCGUAUGUUAUCAUAGGAUUACAUUUUGAUCAGGAAGUAAAUCGGUACAAAGGGAAGAAUUAUCCAAUCAUGAACAUUCAUGAGAGAACACUGAGUGUUCUGGCCUGCCGGUAUGUCUCUGAAGUUGUGAUUGGAGCUCCAUACACAGUUUCAAAAGAUCUGUUGGACCAUUUCAAGGUGGACAUUGUUUGUCAUGGCAAGACUUUGGUGUUUCCAGACAGAGAUGGCUCAGACCCCUAUGCUGUGCCCAGGGAAAAAGGCAUACUACGACUUGUGGACAGCAGAAAUAGUCUAACCACAGACAACAUUGUGCAGAGGAUAAUUAAAAAUAGGCUGCUGUUUGAGGCCAGGAACCAGAAGAAGGAGGCCAAGGAGAUGGCAGUGAUUCAGGCCAUGAAGAAACGAGAAGAGGAGAAGGCUAAAGAGAGAUCUCAGGCUGUGCUGUAGGAAAGCUUGGUUUCUGGUACAAACAGCUCUGAUCAAAGACUGUCAAGAAGCUCAAAUCCUCCUGUCCUCAUACACUCUUUUAUGCUGGCGUAGAUCCAGUACUGUGUGUGAACCACCAGCAACUGUGACAAUACUAACCUUUAGGCUGGGAUUAAACUUGCUGUAAACUAUGCAAACCUGUACACUUGAUGGCUACCACGUGUUCAGCAUGUUGUUUGCAUGUGCCUUCAGAAAUGAAAGCGUAGUGUGCAGCAGUGCUGUACCUGUAUUUAUAGUGGUGCCAAUUUAACAAGGUGAGAAGGGGCUCAGCAAGUCUAAACAAACUACAUACUGACCUAAAUAGCCUGCAUUAUUAUUUUUUUUAUUUGACAUAACCUAUGAGAAAUUUAAAGAAAAACAAACAGCUUUUUGUGUUUGUAUAACUGACUAUACUGCUAAAUUGAUUUAGUUUAAUGGUAUUACAACACAGCUUAUGCUUUUUUGUAUCCUCCAUGCGCACAAAAGGAGGAGAUGGAUAUUUUUACAGAAUGUGCACUCGCUUGCUUAGUCACAUGGCAAGUAUAAUCCCAGCCUUAGCACUACUGAAUCCUGCGUGCACUGCACAUCGGUUUUGCUAGAAGCGUGUCAGGAGAUGUCUUACUAAAACCCAUAGGUUUUUCCAUUGAGUGGUGUUCGCUAGCACCAGUGCUAAGUGUUAGCAAGACUUGAAAAAAUGCCCACUUAGCCAUGGGUCAGACUUUGAAUAUAGUGUAUCCCAAGUACUAGAGUUCUUACUAGAAUUCAUUUAGAGGAGUAAUCAUUUCUGCAUUAAUUACUCAAAAAGCAGCACCCAAACCAUAAUCUUCACGCUGAUUUGCAGUUGGGUCUGAAGCUUUGACAUUAUAAGCCUGUAUUUGAGGGGCAGAGCACCUCUACCACCCAGACCUUCAGUGUCGUAUCAGUAAUUUGGAAUAUUUUAAUUGUUAUGAAUUCUGAUUUGGUUUUUGGCCAGUAAUUUAGACUUUUAAACUUCCCUUAUUAUAGACAUUUAAAAUUUUUUAGGAAUAAUGUCUUCACACCAUAUUUUAUAAGUAAUUACUGCAGAAUUGAAUCAUUAAAUUCAUUUGAUGCGCUAACAGACUUUUAUUGCAACUAUAUAGUAUUCUAUAUUAGUGUGUUUCAGACUGACUUCUAACAGAGAAAACAAGACGUGUGUGUGUGUGCAUAUAGAGGUUAUUUUCUCAUCAACAAUGGGGUACAAAUACAUCUAAUAAUCUGGAUCAGUCAUCUCCCCACAUUUGCUCCCAUUAUGUAAAUAUGUAUUGUAUGUAAGAUGAAUCUAUUAUAAUUUACUGAUCUCUUUAUCUAUAUCAGAUUUGAAUAAGCUAUGUUUAAGAGUUUUUAUGUGUAUGAACCAAUGUAACAAAUGUAAGACCAUUAUCUAAAUACAGAGAGUGCAUUUUAGACUUGAAGAAUUUUAAUCUGUAACACAUUAAUGGCACAGAACCCGUAUAAGGUACAGGAACAUGUUUUAGGAUCAAAGUGAUGUCCACUCUGCCCUGUUAUUUCUCUCUUGUUCCAUUUACUCACAAAUAGCCUAAAUUGUUGAAAUUAAAUUGUUGAAUCAUAUGGAGGCUUAGAGCCUUUUCUUUUACUGAUCUUUGUUUAUAUUGAUCUAAAUAACAAGAAAACAGACAAAAGACAAAAAACCCAAUUGCUAAAGUAUAAUAAUAUUAAAUCAUUACUUUAGAAGAAAUAGCACAACACAACAUAAACUCUGGAAUCUACAGUUGACACCAAAAGUUUAUGAUCAGCAACAAACUUUAUUCAAUAUUGUUUUGAAGCAAUGUAAAGCUGAACUGACUGUGAACUGUGGACCCAUGUUCCAACAAUUUCCACAAGUAUGAGUUUUAAUUAUUAAGUCACUGAAAAGAUAUACCCAUACAAGUUUACGUAAACCUUUGAAUUUGCAUGUCACUUGAUGAUGGUUUAGCCUAUAAGCUAUUCUGGGAACACGAGAGAUUUACAGGACUUAACUGAUUUCAGAAAUUGAGAACAUUGCAAAUUAAAAAGUAGUGAUGCAUUAACAGUGAUGGGUUUUUUAAAUAAAUAAUGAUUCAAUGAU